AGACGACACACAUCUCAAACACUUUCCCUCUGAGAUUCGGAACCAGAUAUUUUCAUCCAGAUUGAAUGCCGAGCCAAUUUCACAACUAGCGGGGAAGAUGAGUAGGGACAGAGGGCAGCAAAACGGUCCAAAUGGGUCUGUGGAAUGCAACAAUCGAAGCCCGAGAAGCAUUCAGGUGGCACGAUGUCCGCCAUCGGGUGUCGAUUUGGUUAGCACACCGGAGCAUCUUCGUCCUGGAUUUCGUGGACGGGCACGGCGAUACAACCCAAACGAUUUCGGGUUAACUGACAAUGAGGAAUGGCGCCAUCCACGAAUGUUUAGGGAUAUGACCUAUGAGACGGAUGCGGCGGCCAUGGAAACUUUUCGCCAGGCACAACCACGUCGUCAAGCGUAUGAAACGGGAAUUAACCUAAGCAAUCUGCCCGAGGAGUGCCUGGCGGAUAUGUCGGCGCCUGGAUUUGAUCUUAGCCUGCCAUCGCAGAUGUCCGAUUUGCGAGAAGAGUUUCUGGUCGAUGUAUCGGCUCCGGAUAUGUGCGAUGUCUCUGAAGGCCAUGUGGAUGCUGUUUAUGAUGAGAUUCUGGAUCGCUUGAGGAGAAUUCGAGAACGCAUGAAUCGUUCCAAUCAACUCCGCCGAUCGGAUGAUUGCGCAAUGCAACAACAUCAAACGCAUCGCAGAAUAUACACUCGUCGCGACCCAAGUGGCCAUAUAACCAGUCACGUGGAUGAGACGACCAUUUCAAAUGCACCCUCGAUGGAUUGCACUCAGGCUAAUGAUGGCGGUGAGCCUGGACGUCAUCUGAAUUUCUCUCUACCAGGGCGAUGUGAAAACCUAAUGGAUCAAUCAAUGCCCUCGUAUCAUGAAGCAUCGAUGCCAAAUGAAUGCUUUGAGGUCAUGUCGUCUCAGGACGUUCUGGAGGAUGAGACUAUGCCAUCGUUUGAAAAUAGUUAUGUAUUUUCGCGACGACAGCCGACAAUGCCAAGCGAAUGCCUAGAGGAUGUAAGCCAGCCAUCUUUCGAAAGGAGUAGAUCUCGUAGACAAAGUCCAAGAAGGCAAUUGACGAUGCCUUCGCAAAACCUUUGUGACAUAUCAGCGCCAUCUUUUGGCGACACAACUAGGGAUCGAAGUACCAACGAGUGUUUGGAGGACAUAUCAAUGCCGACAUUUGAAGAAGAGGUUUCAAAUGUAUCCAGAAGCAGAAGUCCGCGACGGAAGAAGAUAUCCAGGAGUGCGCGUAAUACAACUGAUAAAGUCAGCUCCAGACGACAGACAAGCGAAUGCCUGGAUGAUAUGACCAUGCCAUCGUUCGGAAGAUCAUCGAGUGCGUCACCGAACCGAAGUCGUCGCCAAACGCAAAGAUUGAUGACAAAGUCAAAUAUUAACGAUAUAUCCGAACCAACAUAUGUCAGCAUCUUAAGGGGACCAAGAACAAACGAAUGCCUCGAUGAAAUUACUAUGCCUUCUUUUGGCGCAAUAUCGAAUGUUUCCAGGGGAAGAACGUAUCGAGGACAAACAAUGCCUAGCGAAUGUUUGGACGACAUGACAAUGCCAUCUUUUGGAGGCAUUUCAAGAGGCAAAACUCCAGAUCGAUAUCAGAGAUCAAUGCCAUCCAGAAUGACAAGCGAGUGCUUGGAUGAUAUGACCAUGCCAUCAUUUGGUGGAAUUUCAGGAUCCACCAGAAGGCAUUUAACACUUCCCAAUGCGAGGAGCAGUUCUCAAGGAUCGAGCCGCCGGCAGAGAACCAAUAUCGACGAUAUAUCGGCCCCUUUCUUUGCACACUCAACCAAAUAUGGAGAUACAAAUGAAUGUCUGGAAAAUGUGUCAAUGCCAUCUUACGGUGGAAUAUCGGGAACAUCAAAAAUGAAACAAUCAAGGCGGCAGCAGUUAACAAUGCCAUCGCAAAAUAUUGGAGAUAUAUCUGCGCCAUCAUUCGCAAGUUCGGGUAGAGGUAAUAUGACCAGUGAGUGCUUAGAGGACAUAUCGAUGCCAACUUUUGGAGAAGUGUCUACCAAAUCCAGGAGUAAAAGUCUAGAGGGCCAACAAAGUGCAAGACAUCGUUCGAUGACCAAUGAGUGUUUGGAUGAUAUGACCAUGCCUUCAAUGCCCGGACUAUCUGCUGCGUCCAGAAGACAAAUGACACUGACAAAUGAGUGCUUGGAUGAUGUUAGUGCCCCAUCCUUUGAUCAAAGCGUCUUCCGUGGCUCGAGCAGAAGACAAGGCAGACUAUCAUCGCCAAAACCAUGCGCGAGUUCCACCAGAUGUCCACCGACAAAUGAGUGUUUGGAUGAUAUAACUAUGCCUUCGUUUGAUCCUGUUUCGUUGGCCUCCGCACAGAGGCAGAUGACCAUGCCUAGUGAGUGCUUGGAGGACAUGAGUGCACCGUCCUUUGCAGGUGUUUCUAAUCUAUCUAGAAGACAAACUACUGGCCUACCCAGCGAGUGCCUUGACGACAUGAGCAUGCCCAACUUUGGCAAUAUUUCUGAAAUAUCGCGAAGAACGGAAUGUGAGCCAGCAUUUCGUAGAAGUAGAUCGGUUGGAAGGAGUGUGCGAUGUAAUCGCAGCAUAGGCAAAUCUUAUUCCUCCAGUGAAUGUCUAGCGGAUGUGACAAUGCCAUCAUAUGGUGGGAAUUCAUAUGCUUCAAGGAGUAAGAGUACUUCACGAAGUCGGAAAUCCAUGCUACCUAUUAGGGAUUUAUCUGAAAUGCGGACUGAUGAAUGUCUGGAAGAUGUGACGAUGCCUUUUGUUGGAGAUUUAUCGGGUAGAUCCAGAGCAAGUAGUCCGCGGCAAAGGUCAACGACUCCUAGAAGAGGUCAGUUCACAAGCGAGUGCUUGGAUGAUCAAACAAUGCCAUCGUUUGGAGGUGUUUCACAAUCUUCAGGUCGUAGGACUCCCAGACGACAUACUAAGAAUAUUACAAAUAAUACUAAUGAAUGUAUUGAGAAUAUAUCAAUGCCUUCGUAUGUUAACAAUACGAGAGCCUCCAACGUAGAAACCUUUAAGUCAAUGCAAGGAUCAAGACAAGGAGCAAUGACCAACGAAUGCUUGGAUGAAGUUACCAUGCCAUCCUUUGGCACUUCAAGUCGAUUUACAGCUACAAACGAAUGUCUCGAGGACAUUUCCAUGCCUUCAUAUCGCGAUAAUACCGAAUCGCUUAGGCAUAGAUGUCCUACACCAAUUCAGAGCUCUAGACAAGAAUGUCUGGAUGAUAUGACUAUGCCAUCUUAUGGAAGUACAUUGCCAACUUUAGGAGAAACUCGCCGCUCAACUAGGGGAAAUGGUCCUAGGCUCGAGGACAUUUCCAUGCCUUCAUAUCGCGAUAAUACCGAAUCGCUUAGCCAUAGAUGUCCUACACCAAUUCAGAGCUCUAGACAAGAAUGUCUGGAUGAUAUGACUAUGCCAUCUUUUGGAAGUACACUGCCAACUUUGGGAGAAACUCAACGCUCAACUAGGGGAAAUGGUCCUAGGCUCGAGGACAUUUCCAUGCCUUCAUAUCGCGAUAAUACCGAAUCGCUUAGGCAUAGAUGUCCUACACCAAUUCAGAGCUCUAGACAAGAAUGUCUGGAUGAUAUGACUAUGCCAUCUUUUGGAAGUACACUGCCAACUUUGGGAGAAACUCCACGCUCAACUAGGGGAAAUGGUCCUAGGCGAAUCCAGAGCUUAAGGCAAAGAACGUUAACCAAUGAAUGCUUGGAUGAUAUGACUAUGCCAUCAUUUGGAAGAUCUUACGGAGGACCUGCUACUAAUGAAUGUCUUGAGGAUAUAUCGAUGCCUUCAUGUGGUGAAAAUACAGGAUCGUCUAGAGGAUUUAGUCCAAUGCCUCUAGAAAGCACAAGACGCGGAGCGUCGAUGGUGCACCGAUCCAGACGAGGGACGAUGACUAACGAACGGCUGGAUGACAUGACGAUGCCCUCCUUAGGUAGUUCAGAACAUGGACAAGCUACAAGUGAAUGCCUUGAAGAUAUUUCAAUGCCUUCAUAUGGAGCGAAUUCAGGAAUGUCUAAAAGAAAGUGCCCUACACCACCGAAAAGAAAUACUCCGAAUGUUACAACAGAGUGUUUGAAUGACAUGACCAUGCCAUCGUUUGGUGAUCCAAGUCAUGGAAACGGAUUUGGUGAAUGUCCUGAGUCCUUCAGAUUGAUUACAGAAAGAAAGUUACAAUGCCCGAUGACCAGCGAAAACUUGGAUAAUAUGACUAUGCCAUCGUUUGGUACUUUAGGCCAGAGUCAAGCUACAAAUGAAUGCCUUGAGGAUAUUUCAAUGCCAUCACAUAUAAGGAAUACUAACUCAAUACCAGGAAGAAGCACUACGCCAAGGACGCUGUCUAGAAAUGAGGUGACUACUAACGAAUGUUUAGAUGAUAUGACCAUGCCAUCAUAUGGAAAUGUAUUCGGUUCACCCGGAAGGCAAAUGACUUUGCCAAGUGAGUGCUUGAACGACGUGAGUCAGCCGCCCUUCGUAAGAAGUACGUCUGAGGAAACGAAUCGAAGACAUGAAAACUUGACGUCCCAAAGCGUGGACUCGCGAAACCCCAGGCCAAAUCAAAGGUCGGUGACAAAUGAGUGCCUGGAGGAUAUGACAAUGCCAACGCUUUUCGAAAAUUCCGGAUCAUCUCGGCACGGCGUAUUGAACAGCUUUCGCUUGGAGGACAUUAGCAUGCCCUCUGGAGUCUCAAAUCGAACCCAGGACAGUGAAUGCGUUGAGGUCAAGGUGAGCGGAACGCAUGGAGGACCAACGACCAGCGAAUGUCUCGAGGAUGUGAGUGCACCCAGUUUUGCUCCAAGCUCUCGCAUGACCUCAAGACAUAUACCCGAGAUGACAAACGAGUGUUUGGAGGAUGUUUCUAUGCCGUUAAAUGAAUCAUCAGCUAUGAAUGAUUCUAAAUCAAUAGCUCGACGUCCACCCGACAUUUCGUAUCCCUCGGAAAUGUUGGCCAACGAGAGUGCUCCUUCGUAUAAUUCACGGCAGGAUAAAGCUGAUAAAUCUGCUGAUUGCCAUUCUAAGUCACCGCAGCAAACCGCCAGAAGUCGUGGUCGGGAAAAUUGUAGUGGUGCUCGAUUGGAGGAUGUGACAAUGCCCACAUUUGACGACGUAUCCUAUCAACCACGUCGCCAUCAAUUAACUAUGCCCACCGAGAAUUUGGAAGAUCAAACUCAGCCGGAUUUCUUUAACUCAACGGCUUUGCCAAGUUCUACUAGAACGGAGAAGCAACAUGCAAUAAAAUCCCCUCGACAGGAUCAUAUAAGCAUUAGUAAACAGCUUGCCGAUGAGAGUGCUCCAACUAUGCUGAAGGACACUACAUUGAUCACCCAUAGCUCGACAACUUCAGUGACCAGGGUUUUUCAGAAGACGGCAGAAACCUCUAAUAACUCCGGGCAUCCGAGGAUAGAUGACCUUUCAAUGCCACAGUUUGAGUCCACGGGUGCUAGCUCCCAACAGGAUAUCUCCCUGCACGGCUUUCAAUCCAUGGAUAACUAUAGACCAUUUGAUGAAUUGAUUUAUAGCCAGAAUUCGGUAGCUAAUGAAACUCAGCCCGAGACUCCUCAACCAACGAGGUCCAUAAAUCGCAGUCGAAGUACGCGAAGAGUACCAAGCACACCAAGAACACCAAGAUCACCAAGUACACCAAAUGUUCGAGGAGACACUUCUCCCAAUUCUAGUACUAGAACUCCAGGACAACAACCAUGCGAUAUGGUUAGCACUAGUUACCCCUACGGAAAACCCCAAUGCUACAACCGAAAACCCUGCUAGAAGGGUAAUAUUUAACGAAUAUUUCUAUGUAAAUUGGUUUUAAUACGGCUUGGAGGUAUAUUUUAUAAAUUUUAUAGAGGGAAAGAAAAAAAAACUUCAAACG